AUUUACUCAUACCAAAAUGAAGUAUGGGCGUACUGCCAGAUUCAAUAUUAUAAAACCAUCCAAUCAUCCAUCCAUCGAUCGUAUUAAGGAAAAGACUAUCUAAAUUUCAGCGAUAUACAUCCGACCAUUAUAUCAACUACAUAUUCAGAAAAUAUCAGAGCUUGACACAUCAUUCUCAUUGUUUCGAGUCAGUUUACAUGCAGAAGGUUACAAUGGACAGCUAGGAUUCAAAAAAUUAGUGACUUUUCAAAACUAUAGCUUUAAUCAACUACCAGCAUAAAUGUGGUGUCUACUUCUGGAGUCAACUAUAGCAGACACCUUUUGGAUUAGAGGAGCGUCCAUUACAGGAUGAAGUAACUUUCAGACAUCUAGAUUUCAUCAUCCGAUAUUUCUUUUUGCAGGAACGCUUGAAGAUUUUGGAAAGCUAGCUUAAACACACUGAGCUACAAUUUCAUGAGGAAGAUUUGAUAUCAUGUUCAACACUCGAACGAGAGAUUGGAUUUCAUCUGACUUUCAUCAAUCUAUUUUUUUAUUUUUAUUUUUAUUUUUUUUCAGAAUUGAGAUUUGUGCCUUCUCUGGAGCCAAGAUUUACCCUGGUAAGGGUAAGAUCUAUGUCCGUGUCGACAGCAGGUCUUUCCGAUUCGUAAACGGCAAGGCUGAGUCUCUUUUCUUGCAGCGCAAGAACCCCCGCAAGAUCUCCUGGACCGUCCUUUUCCGCCGCAUGCACAAGAAGGGUAUCUCUGAGGAGGUUGCCAAGAAGCGCACCCGCCGCACUGUCAAGCACCAGCGUGCCGUUGUCGGUGCUUCCUGGGAGGCCAUUCGUGCUAAGCGCAACCAGAAGCCUGAGGUCCGUGCUGCUGCUCGUGCCGCCUCUGUCCGUGAUGCCAAGGAGAAGAAGAAGGCUGAGGAUGCUAAGAAGAAGGCUGAAAAGGCCAAGAACGCAUCCAGCGCUGCCCGUGGUCAGCCCAAGGUCUCCAAGCAGGGUGCCAAGGGUGCUAAGGUCGCAAUUGCCAACACCUCCCGUUAAAUUCGUAUUUUUUGUUUGAGUAUUGAAUAAAUUCUCUCGCGAAGCUCCUAAGAAUGAAACAACAUAUUUCAUUUGUUUUCAC